AGGUAUUCCCUGCAGCGCUUACCUUGUCCUUCGCUUCCGCGAUGUGUCCCCUGCAGCGUCCCCGGCCAUCUCCUUCGGCCGAUGUUGGCAUCCGGCUUCCGUGUUCCUGUCCCUGUGACGUUGGGAUGUCAAAUUUAAAAAAAAUUCAUUUUUUUGUAAAUGAUGUAUCAAACCAUUUCACAUACAUUUUGUCCCUACUGCUUUGUCCUGUGCCCUGCCUGCAUUUUGACUGUUCUUUCUGCCUGGAAACUUAGAAAAAUCCAUGGCGUCCAAAAAGUGUCCCUUUAAGUCAAAGCGGUUUUAGACCAGCUAGAGAACAGCGAUAGUAAAUCAGAACCACUUGCAGAAUUGA